AUGAAUAAAAAGGAGAAGUUAACCAAGGACGAUGGUGUUGAACGAGUACAAGAAGGAAGUAAUAGAAUCCUAAUAGGAUGUUUGAUGUAUCUUACUGCAACAAUGCCAGAUAUAUUGAAUGAUGUAAGUGUGCUAUCCCGAUUCAUGAAUCAUUCUAGUGAAUUCCAUAAGCAAGCUGCAAAAGGAGUACUCAGAUAUGUCAAAAGAACAAUGGACUUUGGAGUAAAAUUUAGAAAAUGCCGACAUUUUAAACAUCAAGGAUUUUCUGACAGUGAUUGGGGUAGUUCUGCUAAAGGGAGGAAAGUAAAACUUCAAGGUAUUAUUUUGUUUUUGGCACUGGAUGCUUAUCUUGGUCUUCGAAAAAACAAGAGAUUUUUGCUGAAUCAACUACAGAGGUUGAACGCAAUGUUGCUACGGCUACGGUCAAUCAAGGUUUAUGGAUAA